AUGGCGGACGGCGGUCGGCGGACCGCGGACGGGGCCCAGGCGGACGGCGGUGGGUCGGCGGACCACGGGACCAGGGCGGGCACCGGGCCACCGGCCGACGGGCGACGGCGGACCGGCCAGCUCAAGAAGAAGAAAGACCAUGAUCACGACUAUGACAAACACAAGAAGAAGAACAAGAAGCCCUUCUUUAAGAAGAACCGUGAUAAGAUAGCCAACAAGGUGGCCAAGGAGGCUUCUAGGGUGUUCGUGGCAGCUCUCAGCGACAUCGACACUUCUUCCAGCGAGGAGAAGAGCUUGAAGGAGGAUGAACCGCAAGCAAAGAACAAGAAGAAGGCUAAGGACUUCACUGACAUCUGCUUCAUGGCAGACGACAAUAACGACGACAGCGACCCCGAGCUAGAUCCUUCCAAGGUAUGUGAUAUGGUUGUCAUUGCAAGAUAUUUGAAUGUGACUUUAAUAGUUUCCGAGUUGGAUAAGACAUCAUUUUGGAAUGACCCGAGUGAAUUUCAGGAUAUAUUUGAUGUUGAACAUUUUAUAACGUCUCUUAGAGACGAGGUUCGCAUACUUAGAGAACUGCCGCCGAGGGUAAAGCGAAGAGUGGGAUUAGGAAUGUUUCACUCAAUGCCUCCUAUUACUUGGUCCGAUAUCUCCUAUUACCAUAAGCAGAUUCUUCCUUUGAUUCGGAAAUACAAGGUUAUCCAUCUGAAUAGAACUGAUGCUAGGCUGGCCAAUAAUGGCAGGCGAGUAAUUAGAAUGCUCCGCCAAAAUGGCCCCUUCUUGGUUCUUCAUUUACGAUAUGAGAUGGAUAUGCUUGCUUUCUCUGGCUGUACUGAAGGUUGCACUACUAAAGAAGCCGAGGAGCUUACAAGAAUGAGGUAUGCUUACCCAUGGUGGAAAGAGAAAGUAAUAAACUCUUUUGUGAAAAGAAAAGAUGGCCUUUGCCCUUCGACGCCAGAGGAGAUUGCUCUUGUCCUUAGAGCUUUGGAUAUUGGCAGAAGUAUGCAAAUAUAUAUAGCAGCUGGAGAGAUAUAUGGUGGAAAACGCAGAAUGGCUUCCCUUGCUUCAGCUUAUCCUAACGUGGUGUGA